GCACGCACGCACGCGCCCCUCCUCUUGGCGUACCGCUAUUAUUCCACUCCACUUAUUCCCAGUCCAGGAAAAGUCCGUUAGUCAAAGCACAGAGGAGACGCAGCGAGGAGAUGCUGUCCACCUGAUCAAAGCGCUACAGUUUUUGUUGUUUGAUCUGAGAGGAAAACUUGGAUAGAAGAUAUUGGAAAGAAACAGCUUUGGGGGAGAAGAAGAAACUUUGGACAAAAGUCUUUAGAAGAAAAGAAAACUUCGGAUUGAAGACUCAAACGUUCCCAGAGUUCUAGAGCAGGUGCACAGAUAUAUUUAAGCACUAUAAGGAGUAAAAGAGAUGGCCUCCGCGGCUCUGGAGAUCCUGGGUCUGAUCCUAUGCGUCUUCGGCACGCUCUUGGAGAUGGUCGCCUGCGGGCUGCCCACCUGGAAGGUGACCGCCUUCAUCGAGGCCAACAUCGUGGUGGCGCAGACCAUCUGGGACGGCCUGUGGAUGUCGUGCGUCGUGCAGAGCACCGGCCAGAUGCAGUGCAAGAUCCACGACUCCAUGCUCGCCCUCGGCCACGAUCUCCAAGCCGCGCGCGCUCUCACGGUCAUCUCGUCGGUCAUGUGCGUCAUCGGGCUGAUGGUGGCGAUCGCCGGCGCGCAGUGCACCAACUGCAUCAAGACGGACAGCGUGAAGGCGCGGGUGGUGAACGUCGGAGGGGUCAUCUACAUCAUCAGUGCCAUAUUCAUGCUCGUGCCCCUGUGCUGGAUGGCCAACAGCAUAAUCUCUGACUUCUACAACCCGCAGGUGCCGGCGGCCAAGAAACGGGAGAUCGGAUCGGCGCUCUACAUCGGCUGGGCGGCCACCGCGAUGUUGCUGCUCGGGGGAAGCAUGCUCUGCUGCUCGUGUCCGGCCUCUGGAAGCUCCGGCUACUCGGUCAAAUACGCGCCCACCAAAAGAGCAACACCCAACGGGGACUAUGACAAGAGGAAUUACGUUUAGACGCUGUUUUUUUUUACAAUAAAAUUGUUGUUGUGUGUUGCACCUGCAGAUAUGUCGGCUCUCUCGUAAAACUUCAGACUGAUUUUCCUUUUUUAAGCAUCUUGGACUACUGAUUGGAUCAGUUUGUUGUAUUUAACAUGACGUCUUUUUUGAGGAUAUGAAAGGUGAACAUUUUAUAAUAACUUUCACAAAACAUUAUGCGAUGCUUAACAGAUCAAUAAAAAUACAUUCAGUGUCCUGAAACAUACAGUAUUCAUGUUUUAAUGUGCAUGAUCUGUUAAACAUUAUAUAAUUUUGCGUCCGACUGGCUAAAAUUGAUUUAAUCCUUUAAAAAUAAUUUCAGUAACAUUAUGUUGCUGAUAAUAAGCCGAUCAUCAUGAGUUGAUAUACUUGAUGUGUAAAUGUUCAUAAACUACUGAUCUGUUAAACAUAAUGUUUGUUUUCAUAAUGAAAGUUAUUCUAAAGUGUUGCCUCUUUGUUAAAAAUGCUGUUUCAAAACUUUAUUGAGGAUAUUCAUGGUGAAAAAGCAACAAUAAUCUGACAAAAUAUCUGUUUUAGGUACCUGGAAAAGUUUGUAAGCUUGUAAAAGUUUGUAAAAGGCUAAAACCAUUAAGUUAGUGGCUGUAGCUGUUCAAAGAUGUUUACCGAUGUGUUCAAUGUGCUGAAGGCGUGAUGUUUUAGUGUGUAAAUCUGGAGGAAUCUGCUUUGGCACAUUUGCAGAGAAUCUUCAACACUUGGAAUGUCAGCCAGGACAAACAGCUGGAAAACUGAAGACAGCGACUCCUGACUGAUCUGUUACUCUCAACUCACCCGUCCACACUGUUGCUCAAAGCUAAACAAGGCUACAUGAGAAACAAAGUCAAGCAGGAUCUACAUCCACUAUGGAUAAUGUCUGUUUUUUGGGAUUAUCCUGCCGGUAUAGUGCAUUGCUGUAUGCAAACUUUCAUGGAUGGGUAUCUUCAUGUUCCUUGAACUUAAGACCUCUACAUUCAGUUUAUUCAGCUCGUCUGAAAUGGUUAUUUUUUGUAUUUUUUUUUUUUAAUUGUCUUUUUGAAUUCUUGAAUAAUUGUUCUUUGGAAUAAACAUUUACAGUUUUGACACAAA